AUGUUUAGCGGGGUUACGGAAGCCUCAGACCCUCGCUUGCUUGCUCUCACUGGCUUUCUGGCCAGCUCCACUCGUGAGCAGGCAGCGUUCCGAUCUCGCCCUCGGGGGGAGCUAGGAGAUAUUAUCAGGGAGAUGCUCCUUAUGGUGACGGGCCUCUUCAUGGAGGUAGAUGCUCGCGAUCACACUCUCCAGGAGUCAGUGGAUCACCGGGUCGAGGAGGCACGUUUGGAGGAAAACCCGUCUGCCACCAGUGAUGCCCGAAGCAAUCUCGCCGUAGCUCGAGAGCAUUCCAAGUCCUUACAGGCAGAGCUGGCAUAUGCCCUGGAUGCUCUCAAGAGAGCGGAUGAGAAGGCAGCUGAGGCGGAGAUUCGUUGUAAAGAAGCCCUAAAACAGCUGUCUUCUCUGGAAGCAGUCCAAAGGGAGAGAGAUGAGGUCCGAAGGGAGAGAGAUGAGGUCCGCCACCAGUAUGAGGCCUUGAAGGCAGAUUCUGAGGCAGCCCAGUUCCAACAUGAGGUAGUGAUGGCUCAGAGGGAGGAAGUCCUGACUCGGGUAGUGGUCCUUGAGCAGGAGUUGGUCAAGCAUGCAGAAAGUUUUAAAGACCUGACCUUGGAGGCUGAGACAACAAAACUCCAAAAUCAACAUCUUAGCCAAAAGAUCGAGGCUUUGAAGAAGAGAUGCUCAGUCCUGCUUGAGGAUGCUAAGCUGGCUGAAGAUAGGGUUCAGCUGGAGUGUGAGGAGCGCCUGUGGGAAUUCAAGGAGUCAGCCGAGCUGAAGAAGGAGAUUGAACAGGCCUGUGACGUUCGUCUUCAAGCUUACAGGGACUCUCCUAAGUUGAAAGCAGAGAUAGCCGAGGCCUGCCAAGCACGACUUGCGAAGUACAAGGCCUUUGACGAACUGAAGACGGCUAUUUGGCAAAAGGGCUUCCGUAUGUUCGCGUCUGGCUUCAAUCGAGGUUUGAGGGAGGCCAGACAGGCUCCUUCCACUCCGCUGUCUGAACUCCGAGCCAAAGAGGAAGACUCUGAUGGCGAGGAGGUGCUUUAUAGAGAGGAUGACCUACCCCUGCCUAAGGGAACUUCUCGCACUUCAGCUGGGCCCUCUGAUAAGGACAUUGGGCUAGGAGAAAAAUAA